UCGUCUUCGCGUCGCUAUUGGCUUCUCGUCCCUCAGCGCCGCGCAGUGAUGCUCGCACCUGGCGAAGGGCGGAAGAACCGCAGCAUCAGCACCAGCGGAUCUCCAUGACGACAGCAGCAUCUCCAGCAUGGUGCAGAAAUCCCGCAACGGCGGCGUGUAUCCCGCCCCGCAGGCCGAGAAGAAGCUGAAGGUGGGUUUCGUGGGGCUGGAGACGGGAGCCACGGAGUCGAGCCGAGACGGUGCGCUGCUGAUCGCGGGCGCGGAGGCGACGAAGCGCGGCAGCAUCUUGAGCAAACAGCGCUCCAGCAUCUCCGGGAAGAGGCCGCCGAAGCGCAACGCGUUCUACCGACGCCUGCAGAAUUUCCUCUACAAUGUUCUGGAGAGACCUCGCGGAUGGGCGUUCAUCUACCACGCUUACGUUUUUCUGCUGGUUUUCUCCUGUCUGGUUCUGUCCGUGUUCUCCACCAUCAAAGAAUAUGAGAAGAGCUCAGAAGACGCCCUCUACAUCCUGGAAAUUGUAACCAUUGUGGUUUUCGGAGUGGAAUACAUUGUAAGGAUCUGGUCUGCAGGAUGUUGCUGUCGAUACAGAGGAUGGAGGGGAAGGUUAAAAUUCGCCCGGAAACCUUUUUGUGUCAUCGACAUCAUGGUGCUGAUCGCCUCGAUCUCAGUUUUGGCCGCUGGAACGCAGGGGAAUGUGUUCGCCACCUCGGCCAUCAGGAGUCUCCGAUUCCUCCAGAUUCUCCGGAUGAUCCGCAUGGAUCGGCGCGGGGGAACCUGGAAGCUCUUGGGAUCAGUGGUCUACGCUCACAGCAAGGAACUGAUCACGGCGUGGUACAUUGGCUUCCUGUGUCUGAUCCUGGCCUCGUUCCUGGUGUACCUCGCUGAGAAGGAGGAUAACCAGAUGUUUGAGACCUACGCCGAUGCGCUCUGGUGGGGUCUGAUCACUCUGACCACAAUCGGCUACGGUGAUAAAUAUCCCAUAACCUGGAACGGACGUCUCCUCGCGGCGACCUUCACCUUGAUCGGCGUGUCUUUCUUCGCUCUGCCUGCGGGGAUUCUGGGUUCUGGGUUUGCCUUGAAAGUUCAGGAACAGCAUCGGCAGAAACAUUUCGAGAAGCGCAGAAAUCCAGCUGCCGGCCUAAUUCAGGCUGCCUGGAGAUUUUAUGCCACCAACCUGAAUCGCACGGAUCUCUAUUCGACGUGGGACUAUUACGAGAGGACUGUAUCCGUGCCCAUGUACAGACUCAUCCCUCCUCUGAAUCAGCUCGAUCUGCUGAGAAACCUCAAGAGCAAAUCUGGCCUCUCCUUUAGGAAAGAAGCCCAACCAGAACCCUCUCCGAGUCAGAAAGUGACCCUGAAAGAGCGCGUGUUCUCCAGCCCGAGAAACUCCGCGAACAAAGGCAAGAACUCUCCUCAGAGCCAGCAGCCCCUGCGACGCUCUCCCAGUGCUGACAACAGCAUCGAGAACAGUCCCUCCAAAGUACCCAAGAGCAUCAGCUUCGGCGACCGCAGUCGAGUCAGACAGGCCUUCCGCUUCAAAGGCGCCGCUUCUCGCCAGAACUCAGAAGUGCUCAUUGAGAUGCAAGAGGAAGAUUUGAGACACAGGAACUCUCCAGAAGCCUGCCUUCCUGGAGAAGACAUUGUUGAUGACAAUAAGAGCUGCCAUUGUGAGUUUGUCCCUCAGGAUUUAACGCCGGGACUAAAAGUUACCAUCAGGGCCGUGUGCAUCAUGAGGUUCAUGGUGUCCAAGCGAAAGUUUAAAGAGAGUCUGCGGCCGUACGACGUGAUGGACGUGAUCGAGCAGUAUUCGGCCGGACAUCUGGACAUGUUGGCACGCAUUAAAAACCUGCAGUCCAGAGUGGAUCAGAUUGUUGGUCGAGGUCCUUCAAUAACAGACAAGGAUCGUCCGAAAGGAUCCGCGGAUGCAGAACUGCCAGAAGAUCCCAGUAUGAUGGGACGGCUUGGAAAAGUGGAGAAACAGGUGAUGUCAAUGGAGAGGAAGCUGGAUUUCCUGGUCAACAUCUACAUCCAGCGCAUGGGCAUCCCGCAGUCUGAGACGGAUGCUUACUUCGCCUCUAAGGAGCCGGACCCGGCGCCGCCGUACCACAGUCCGAUGGAGCACAUGGUGAAGAGCGGCUCCAUCACCAAAAUCAUCCGCUCCAACAGCUCAGCAGACCAGAAGAGCUUCGACCCGCCGCCGUCGACCUGCAUCAACCACCACUGCCCUCCCUCUACAUCCUGGCACCUUCACAGCCGCCCCGAACCCACACAAGGAACGUCACCCACAGGUGACCCCUCGCUAGUGCGCAUCCCGCCGCCUCCUGCCCACGAGCGCUCGUCCACAGGCUCUCGCGGAGCUGGACAGCAUCACGCAUCUCGAGGCGAAGAUGGACUCCCGCUGGCUCUUUACCAGCAGCAGGACGGAGCCAAGAGCGACACGUCCAUAUCCAUCCCCUCGGUGGACCACGAGGAACUGGAGCGCUCCUUCAGCGGCUUCAGCAUCUCGCAGUCCAAAGAGAACCUGGACUUCCUCAACAACGCUUACUUCAGCGGCGUGUCGCGCAACGCUAAAGUCAGGUCGUACAUCGCCGAGGGCGAGUCGGACACGGACUCCGAUCUGUGCGCCCCGUCGCCACACUCCACCACCGGAGACGCCGCUUACGCAGACAGAGGAUGGUCCGGCUCGAAGUAAACCUCACGUAACUGGGAUUCAACCAUUGGUAAAUGCGCACCAGACUGCAUUUGUGUGUUUAAAAAGCUGCAUUUCUCUUCAGCUCCUCGGACGGAAGAAACAGUGAAAAUAGCUAGAUGCAAUGAAGAUGCAAUGCAGUAGUUUCUGCAAGCCGAGCACUUGCUUAUCCAUCGACCUAUGUCUGGAGAACGAAGGAUUUUAAUGUGAGAGAUGCUGGGAGAGUCUUUAGCAUUUCGUGUGUGACCCAGGACCACAAAACCAGUCGUAAGAGUCCAAUUUUCAAAAUUGAGAUCAUCUUGAAGCAGGAUAAAUAAUUUCUCCAUUGAUGUAUGGUUUGUUAUGAUCGGACAAUAUUUGGCUGAGAUACUAUUUGAAAAUCUGGAAUCUGAGGUUGCAAAACAAAUCAAAUAUUGAUAAAAUCGCCUUUAAAGAUGUCCAAAUGAAGUUCUUAGCAAUGCAUAUUACUAAUAAAAAAUUAAGUUUUGAUAUAUUUACAUUAGAAAAUUUACAAAAAAUCUUCAAAUUCUAUAAUUCUGACCCCUACAAAUGUGCUACUUAUGACUGGUUUUUGCUCAGGGGCGCAUAUGUGGUGCGUUUGCGUCUAUAAGAGCGUCUCUAUAAAAUCGUCAGCAGGUUAAAGGGAUUGUUCACUCAAAAAUCUCGCAAACAACCAGUCAUUAUUUACUCACCUUCAUGUCGCACCAAACGGUAUGACUUUUCUUUUUCUUUUUUUCUUUUUUUAAAAAAAAGGUCAAUUUUUGCAUCUGUCAAGCUCCAAAAGGACCUAAACUACACAAAAGCGCCAUAAAAAUAUCAUGAAAGUACAUUUAUGCAUUUGGUUGAUGCUUUUAUCCAAUGCAAAACUGCAUCAAUUAUUUUGCUCAAAGAAUACAGUCACAAUUAUAAAUCAUUUCAUUUUAUUUAUUUACUUUUUACGUAAAAAUUAUUGUACUCUGACAUUUCAACCAAUUCACAUGCAGAUUAUCAACAUUUGAAAAAAAUUAUAUACUGAAUAAUAAUAAAAAUAAUAAAAACACAUAAAGAUUAAAUAAAUGACCAGGCAGGAAAUGUAUCGUUUUAUGAAGAAAAGCUCUGAUUGGUGGAUUUGAAUCUUGAUCUGGCAACCACAACCUUGUUACCAAUGCAAUCAAUGCAAGAAAGCACAAAUGACAAAUUAAAAUCAAAUGUUUUCUGGAUAAAUAAACAGCAGACAAACAUCACAAAUGAUUAUGCUUAAUAAAUCAGUCAUUACGGUUAAAAUACAGUUCAUUAUUGCAGCCCUACAUUCAAUACAUGUUGUAUAGUUUCUUGUUUUCACAGGGAUUCAAACCCAAAACCUUUGCUACAAAGUGAAGCAUUGCUACAGGAACGCUAGUUUAUAGAAAUGUAGUUUAUUUGACUUAGUACCAUAUUGCAAGUCUUCUGAAAUGACAAAAUCAGUGAAAUAGAAGUCAUUAUUUGAUGAUAAAUUACAUGAAGGCGAGUAAAUAAUGAGAGAAAUGAGAUUUUAGUGUGAACUGUCCCUUUAAAUCAUGUUUCUGUUGUAUCAUGUCGUCUAUGUUCGCUUGUGAAUGUACUUCACGACAGCUUGUGAAUUUUAUAACAUCUCUAAACGAGAUCACUUAAUGUUGAUCACAAUAUUCCCUUAAUUCAUUACCGUGGUUAGGAAAUUACAUUAUGAAAUAUAAAAUAUCACUUUCUCUCAAGUUUACAGUUUUUUAUUACUCCCUGAAUUAAUCAUUUGCAUGUCAGUUAAUUAGGAAUAUUUAGUAAGAUUGUAUAUUUAAAGUUAAAUUCAUAACGCAAAUUAACAGCUUCUUGAACUAAUGAUAAAAAGGCUAUUUUCUGCCAAUAUUUUUCUUUUCUUAAAUAUACUAAAACUAUUUCUUAAACUAUUUCUGUAAGAACAGAAGUAUCCGUUUAAUGAUAUAAUAUCUCUGCUUAACAAUCAUUCAGCAUACAUUAAAAUACAUCUCAUUUUUAAAACAUGCCAUCAGAAAACAUGAGGUCCUGAUGUAGUAUAAAGUUGAACAUGAACUAAUCAUUUAGUUAGUUUAAUCUCACUCAUGAAACAGGGAAAAACACUCUUUUGAAUGCACUAAUUUACUGAGAGCACAUGAGAAAUGCAUUGUGUCGUUUUGCCUUGUUCUGAUUUAAUUGAUGUUCUGUUGCCUUCUGUAGUUGUUUUAUUGGUUUUAUUUAACCAUACUGAACAAAAAAUGUCUGUAUUCUACAGGAUUUAAUGUAUGUUACCUGUAGAAAUUAUCCAUAUGUGUUUUACAGCCAUUCACACAUGCAGACAUCACAUCUCCAAAGAGGAUAGCUCGUUUACAUCAUCUGUCUUCCAUCUCAGUUGCCGUAGUCUUCUAGCGCUCCCUUUAAUGCUGGACAGAUGGAAGAGAAAAGUCUUCAUUACAAUACGCUGUUGCUCAGGAAAAAUCGUUAAUUUACAUUCAUGCAUUUGGAAAAUGCUUUUCUCUGAUUAUAAUUACAUUGCAUGCAAGGUUUACAUGUUAUCAGUUCAUGCAUUUGCUGAAAAAUCAGACUUAUUAAACCAAUUGGGUUAGAAUUUAUCACUUUACAUUUAGAAAUUGCUUGUAAAUUUCACAAUUAUUGGCAAGUAGCAUUGAAUUAAAUGUGACAUUUGGAAGUCGAAAGACUGAAAUAGUAUUCUCUUGUAAAACAUACUCCAAUAACAGCACUUGAGAUAUUUUUACAGUGUAUAUGGGGCAUGUUGUCACACUGCUACAAAGGAGGGAACCUCCUCCUAAAAAUACAUUUGUUUUAAAUAUAUAAUAUUAUCUAAAUAAAAACAAAAAACACACCAAAAAAACCAACAAACACAAAAAUUGUUAUUUUCACUUUUUACUUAAAACCUUUUUUCAUGUGACAACUAGCCCCGGCCUCUCCGAUUUGAAUGCUAAAUGCUUUAAAUUCAGCGAAAGCAGCAGAAUUAAUUCCCAGAUUAAUAUAGCAUACAAUAAUUACAUAAUGUACAGUCAGAAUACUGUGGUAAAUGACCAUAGAUGAACAGAGACGUAUAGAUUUAAGUCAUUGGUUCAGUUGGGUCAUGUGGCAGUUUCGAAGCUGAAAAUCACUUACAAAAGGUACUACGGUAUUCUUAGAAGUACCUUGGUUUACCAUGUAAAUACCAUGCUACGUGAAUAUCUGUAACUGUACUACGGUAUAACCACAGUACUUGUUUGUAAGGGACAGGUGAGUUCUGCACAUUCAGACCCAGUGAUUUAAGUUGAAUAUGUCACAGCUGCCUUGCUUGAUUUCACUUUGUUUUCCAAAGAAUCUACUGUAUUUUGCUAAAUUGCCUUUGUUAUCUUUUAUAACGCUGUCCUGUUUUGUUCCUGUUGUGUGUAAAUGUUUACUUGAGGUCAGUUUGGUCCUGAAAUGCUUGUGAAUGUAUUUCUAAAUGCUGUCAUUUUGUUUUCACUGUACAGAUUCACAACUUUCACGUACUUUGUAGAUCUACACAACCAUCUUCUGUGGCGCGAGAAUCUGUCAGGCAGGUUUGAGAUAUCUGAAAGGACGAGUAGUUAAUCUUUGCUUUAGAUGCACUUGUUAACUGCAUAUGUGGUAUAUAUGAUUCUGUACCACUAGGAUUUUUAAUUAGUUUAACCAGCAGGACUCAUGCAGUCAGUUAGCAUCAACAGAAUGAUUAGCACUAAACCGCAAACACUUGGCUGGAAAAAGUCAUGAUCUUUUAACAAAAAAGUUGCUGGUCUUGCUUUUACUCCUUAAAUUUUAUCAAGACGUCUAAAAAAAGAAGGAAUCUUAGCUUGGCACUCCUCAGAAACGAGGUUGACCACAUUAUUAGUCAUCUAUGGAAGCCCGAGAAUGUUUGCCAUGAAAAAAAAGAAGAAAGGUAAUUGUGACUUUUUAUUGCAUAAUUCUGACCUUUUUGUUACUCGCAAUUUGGAUUUUAUAUCUCAUAAUUUGUUGUUUAUUUUGAGUUUAUAUCUCGUAAUUCUCAGUUCAUAUCUCAUAAUUCUGAGUUUUAUAUCUUAUAAUUCUGAGUUGGACUCAAAAUUCUGAGUUAAUCUUGUAAUUCUGAGUUUAUAUCUCAUAAUCCUGACUUUAUAUCAUAAUUCUAAAUUUGUCUUGCAAUUCUGAUUGAGUUUGU